AUGCCUUCUAAUCCCUCUCAACAAAGUUCCGAACUUUCAGGUGAACGUAAAUUUACGAUCCCAAUAACCAUCGUAUUUACUAUCCUUUCAAUAUGGUCAAUAGUACAAGGAAUAAUCGCAAUUACCUUUGGUUCAUUGUUUUAUUCAUUUUCUUUAAGUACUUUUGGGAUUUCAUCCAUCGGACAACUUGUAAUCAUAUUUUAUAUUUAUCAUAAACUUUUGACCGAGCAUUACAUGAAAUCAUUACUUUCCACCGCUACCGAAACCACACCAAUCCUGAAUAAUAGGAAUGGCAUUAAUGCUCGUAGAAAAACCGAAAAGAGAAUUGCGAUUUGUGGAAUGUUCGUUUUUAUCAUCUUUUCCAUAGUUACUUUGAUAUCUCUGUUUUACAUUAAUAAAAAAAUUGAUGAUCACCCCGAACAUAAUCAACCACCACCACCAGGAGACGACGAUGAUGAUUUUGAAAAGAGACGACCAACUUUAUACAUUUUAUUGUUCUCAGUUUACGCCAUACACCCAUUUUUCAUUUUAAUUCCUGCCAUUUGGUAUUUGUCUUCUAUAACAAAUUCUUUGGUUUGGAGGGAAGCGACCAUUUGGACCAUAUUAUUCUUCUUUAUGGCUUAUAUACAAUUCAUCAAUAGUCAAUUAUUGUAUUUCGUGACAUGGAAAACUAGGGAAAUGGUUUGCACGUUAUUGAUGGCGAUAUUGUUUCUCAUAUAUGCUGCCAGAUUGGGUUGGAUGUAUUUACGAAGAGGUGGUAACAUUGAGGAUCAAGUCAGACCAGCAAUUAAUGCCUAA